GGCAAUGACAGUCCUGUUAUUGGCAAUUCUGGUUACUGCAAUGAUAAGCAAAGAAGCAUACUUGGUCUAUGGUGAUAUUGGCACUGCAUCAUAUUAUAACCCUCCAUAUAUACCAACUAAAUGUGAUGGUAACAGAGAGGAACAGUUUCCACCAGGGAACCUGUUUGUCGUGGUUAGCGAGGGAUUAUGGGACAAUGGAGCUGCUUGCGGCCGGCGUUACAGGUUGAGAUGCCUAAGCGGACCGAAGAGACCGUGUAAGCAGAGAACCAUUGAUGUCAAAAUGGUGGAUUUCUGUCCGUUCACGCCAUGCCCCUCGACGAUCAUGUUGUCCUGAGAUGCCUUUGCAGCUUUUGCACAUAAACG